AACCCACGUGACUAACGGCAAAAAGCUACUUUUCCCCUGGUGCUUUUAGGUCCUUUUAGUUGGGGUCCGGGGGUAUAACCGAUCGAGGACACUGGUGGCGAUCUAUGGAGGGUACUUCUUUGGUUGUCAGAAAGGGUGCAUGGACUGGAGAGGAAGAUAUCCUCUUAAGGCAGUGCAUUGAGAAGCAUGGAGAAGGAAAGUGGCACCAAGUUCCUCUCAGAGCAGGUUUAAAUAGAUGCCGGAAAAGUUGUAGACUGAGGUGGUUGAACUAUCUAAAACCCAACAUUAAGAGAGGAAAUUUCGCAGUAGACGAAGUUGAUCUAAUGAUUCGGCUCCAUAAGCUCUUAGGUAACAGAUGGUCGCUGAUUGCUGGUAGGCUUCCGGGAAGAACACCGAAUGAUGUGAAGAAUUACUGGAAUACACACCUGCGUAAGAAGUUGGUUUCUCCCAUUGUAGACGUGGAAGAAAAGGAACAAAACAUGAUCGUGAAAACGGAAGUAAUAAAACCUCGACCUCGGACCUUCAGCAAAAAAUUAACUUGGUUAAGUGGGAAGCCUACUACAAUAAUUAAAGAAAGGACAUUCCAACCGAAUGACGAUAUUAUUGUUACAAACAACGUCAUGAUGUCUCCAACGUUGACGCCGUUUGAGAAUAGGUUGAAAGGGUGGGGAUGCUUGUUAGAUGACAAGGAGGCAGGCGAUGAAAUUGCCAGUACAUGCGCAUUGAAUACUGAGUCUAAUGACAAGCUGAAUGCUGAUAUUUGGACUGACGACGAAACAGCUUUGGCAGCAAAAGUGGGGGAAACAGGAACUCUUGAUAUUGAUCAGGAUGGCUUCAGUUUUUUGGCCAACUUCUCUUUCGACGCGAGCCUUUGGGAUUUUCUCAAUACGAAAUAAUGAAGCGUCUUCAUGAGCUUUAAUUUCUUGAUAUGUAUUAUUUCUGUGUACAUCUCGAUCGAUCGAUCUGCUUUUAAUUACCAGCCUUUUUUUUUUAAUAA